AUAUACUUCUUAAACUUUACCAUAACAAGCUUCACCUGUAUUUUUCCAGUUAGCAUGCAAGAACACCUGACAGAAUCCCUAUCGUAGCGUGCAGCUCGGCCGUGACUAGGGCCUCGACUAUCUUCUUCCAACCACUCUGUACCGCUGUACACAAUGCGAAGGAGCACCUUUCGAAGGAGAUCUUGAACUCACAAACCUUUUUCGACACUAGUUUGGACCUUAAGUGUCCUUCGUAUGCCAGCUAUUGGCAACAAAUUACUUCCGGGCUUCACCGGGCGGGACUCAUUUGGAACACGUCGUAUCCUGGGGAGAGUUUCAUUCCUGGUAUGACGAAGUGGCACAAAACCUGUCCAGCUUGCGUUUCGCAGGGUCUAGAAUAUUAUAAGGUCACUUUGAAGACCGGCUCGCGCUCUACUUAUACUGCGAUAUCCAUUACUGGAUGAAUGACUACCUUAGCGGCAUAUCUCGCUUGCAAGGUUUUGCAUUGGCAUUUCUACGUUUCUAACAACACUUACGUAUGACUAUGGCGAAUACCAGCUGUAUCAGCUGAUAGCAUGCAGAUACCCAUCUGGUCCGGCGGUCACGAUGUAUCUGGCAAGCAGUCAAUCACAAACCAUUGUGAGUGGAGGUGCAUCUUGUUUUCACACACGAUCGCGAAUUUCCAACUCCCUUCAAAUUUCCAUUGAUGUACGGUACGUUUGACUGUCGUUGCGCCAAGCCAUGACUGUGAUACACGUCGAUCCUACAGUCUCUUCGGAUAUAUCCACAGCAUGAAGAUCUGCAACAGAUAAAUCUGGAUGACGACACGUACGCGUAUUGUAUCUGCUUCCGAGUCACCAUCGGCGUCUCUCCCAUCUUAAAUACCUUCCGCCACAUUUUGCCUAGGCCUGCAGGCCUCAGGUUUUUAUAGGAAAGACCCAUCGAAGCUUUUAAGCCAAGGAAUGGACCCUCAAUCGAUACACUCUACUCUAAACGCGUCUGAGAGUCUGAAACCUCACCCAGAGUACUACUUUCCUGACGGGAAUAUAGUCCUUUUGGCAGGAUCCUCCGCAUUCCGAGUCCAUUCAUUCAUCCUUGCUCGUCGGUCUGACCUAUUCCGCGAUCUUUUCGAUAUACCCCAACCCCAGGACGAUGAAUAUUCCUAUGACGGAUGUACAGUUGUUCAUCUUUCUGAUUCUGCCAAGGAGAUCGACUUCUUGCUGUUUAUGAUGUACGAUGGUGGGAGAAGUUAUUUCAGCGCUGCAUAUUCUCUUAGCUUCGCUCAAGUGGCUAUGAUGCUUCAUCUUGGGACUAAAUACCAGAUGGAGGACGUUCGUGAGGAGGCCAUCUCUCGCCUUUGGAGAUGUUAUCCAUCUCAUUUGCCGCAUUUCGACAAUGAAGUGACACGGAGGGACUCCAUCUACGAUGCACAUCCUUUCGAUGCUAUUCGGCUUGCACACAGGUUUGGCCUUGACUUCAUUUUGCCACCUGCAUAUUACCUUUGCACCCGAAUGGGCCUUGAUACCAUGGUGAAAGCCGCGCGUAAAGGAUGGUGGAAUUUCGAUGAUCUCCGAAUAUGCAUGAAGGCACGAAAGAAACUGAGAACAGCAGAAAUUGCGGCAAACCGGUCUUUCGCAUCAUAUCUAGAGAGCUGGUCUAACAUCGCUUGGCAGACGGUCUGUAUCAACCCUACUGUAUGCAACGAUACAAUGCGACUUUGCAUCAACAUUCUAAAGUGGUGCAAGUAUAACACCAAUCGCGGCCUUUUAGUCAAUGAUCUAAACUGGUGCUUAUACAUAGCAUCUCGUGCGCCGCUUUGUUACAGUUGUAUCGCAUUGUUCGGGCACGUUCAUGACGUGCAGCGGAGCAAGAUAUGGUCAGAGCUUGGGCAAUAUUGCAAUGUACCCAACUGGUCCUCAACAUCAAUAAUACGGAGAUGUGCCCUUGGAGACAGCAGAGAGACGAUUGUCUCUAAUGAUACCCCGCUCAGUAGGAGAUAACCACAUCACGCCAAACACACUAUUCCUAUACGUAUACCAAGUCUCAAGAUUCGUAAACACGAGUCUAGUUAUUACCAUAUAGGCAAGAUCGUCCUCGCUGCAAGAAUUUCGGAAACAUACCGGGAGCUUACUCAGUGUCAAUACUUCAAGGGCUUGCAGUGUUUUAGAGAUCUCGAGCUCAUCCCCCAUCUACCCGUCUUGUUAGUUCCUCGACUUCACUUAUCGCCACCGACAGCCAAACCCCGACGAUUUCAGGUGAGUUUGAUGCUGAAACCGAGAAAGAAUCGAUGACGACAUGGACAUGAAGCCAACACCCGUCAAUAUUACAAUGGAUUCAUCUGCACACAACCUGAGAUCGACUGCGCAAACAUCUCGUGCUGGUGCUAGAUCACCAUUGACAGCUGGAGGGCGCGCACAGAGUGAAAGUGGGAAUGCGCAGCACAAGGUGGAGCUGAAGAAACGAGAGGUAGAGGAGAAAGGCAAGCUGUCAGACGAGAAGGCGGAUCGCAUGCGUCGUCAACGCUUGGAAGAAUACAAUCGGUUGCAUAUUGAAGUCCAAGCAAGGAAGAAACGUUUCGAGGGGCCUCAGCAGGAGCAGUCUGGGAGUGGGAGGGCUACGCGAUGAGGAAAGGGGUCUUCAUCGGAAUUAGAGCUUGGAAAAUCGAGGUCGAAGCAUUUGUGUCUAGAAGUGGUGUAAUCCCAACGGAGGACAAACCAAAUGCAUACCCCUCUAUGUCGUCACGAUCAUAAUCCAGAUGUUCUGAGCUGAAUAAGAUCAGUCAAUGAUGAAUGAUACGAAGAGCUUAAAACUUACCGAGAUAUCUGCCUGUCGCAUAUAAACGGUUUGCAAAAGUGCACAUGUACUUACCGAGUUUAAUCAAGGCUCGACAGAUGAUGAAAAGAGGAUUUUACCAGCCAAGCUUUGAACCUAAUAUGCAUGAGAGUAUACAGUUAUCAGUUAUCUAAUACAUAUGUGUACUUAUGGGCGGGUGUCCAACACUCCUAACGAGUGCAGCCAGGGGUAAAGCGUCAUGUGUA